AUGUUGCUGGAGGAGGAUCGACAGACCCUCCCGGCGGGGUGUACAUUGUGUUCAAACCACGCGCUGAGGUAUGCCCAGCUGAGAGCCUCGCAGAAGUGUUCCAUCAUGGGUUGCUACAAGCUCGGCUAUGUCACCAAGCAGGGACUACGUGUUUGUGGAGAACACGAGGAGGCCUUCCAGACGCCUCCACCACGCAGGACUUCCAGAUCUAGGUCGCGGACCAGGGAGCUUCCACCGACAGGAGAAGAAGGGGAAGAGCCCGAAGAGGGUGAAGGUGAUGCUGGACUUCGUCGACGAGUUCGUCCACGUGGGGUCAGCUACGACGUGGAGGAGGCGGAGAAUACGCUGAAGGAGGUGAGAGCAGAAGAGGAUCGGACGGCUACGCGGCGCAGGACUACGGCUUCCCCUGGGCAUACACCAAAAUCUUCCGUGCAACGCAACCUGGCUAGGCUUGGCAUGAUCAACUCGCCAGACCGGAAAGGGUUGGCUUCGAUCUUGGAGGAGUUCAUGGAGCAGUUGGUGGAUGGGAAGACUUUGGGCUUGGAGGAAGAGGAUAUUCGCAAGCAGAUGGCCGCACAGUAUGGCAUGACCCUGGUCGACCUCACCAAGCAGCUGUUCGAGCAGGCCACGGAAGAGCAACGGAAGGGGACUAAAGGGCUGACCAAGUUCCUGGCCAAGUGGCGGAAGCAGGCAGCAGCUCGAGAAAGCUCCAGCUCUGACAGCUGGUGUGUGGUCGCCCCAAAUCAGUCCCCGGGGGCAUCUACGGUACCUCGAUGUGAAGCCACUACCCCGGAGAGUGUAAAGGAAGAGGCGCCGCGAUCUCGAAAGCCUCCAGGAUUGGUCACUUUAGCACCGCCUGGGAUCUACGACCCCGAUCGGAAGGCCGGAACCGGUGAAGACCAGCAGCCACAGUCCGAGAUGGUGGGCAUCGCCAAAGCAAUCCAGCAGCAAACAACUGAAUUGGCCUCGUUGGUGAAAGCGCAACAGGAGAGCACCAUGGCUCCAGGCAGGAGCCUCCACAAGUUGCGCAAUGCAGGCUUCAGACAAAAGGUCACCACGAGGCUUGCUGUCGGACUGGCUGGGCCACACUGGGGGACGCGAGAGAAGUAUGCGUUGUCAGCGGCUGACUUCACCCCGAGCACCGACGCGGAGUUGGACCAGUUCGCCAUCGAGAGCCGUACCGGGAAGGUGUUGACUGAGCAGAGACCAGCGGCCCCUACCCGGUAUGAAGACUGGAUUAGCCGAGUCAGGAGACAAAAUGACAUUUGGGCUCUCGUAUAUGGAGCCGAAUGGAAGAAUGUGAAGGAUCAUGCCGCAAAUCUCUUGAGCGAGUGGCAUCUUGGUGCUCCACACCGUUGGCCGUUACAGGUGCUAUGCGACGUGUGGGAAGAACUGCACUGGCGUUUCAUCGAGGAGCUCAAGGAGGAGUUGCGUAAGACCAAGAAGUUGGCCGGGCGAGAAUCCAUGACCCUGCAGGACCUCAAGUUCUAUGCGCUCAUGCCAAAUGAACAAGGAGAACCCCGUCUGCAGUUGCCGCGCACUUUUGACCUCAAAAACCCGGAUGGGUGGUUCAUGACCGAGGUUCUUCCCCGUAUCGAGCGUCGACAAGAAAGGAUGCUAUGGAAGAUGACCUGGGAAGGGGCAGGAAAAAAUCGCAGCCAAGGGCAGUCUGCUGGUGGGGACGGUGGAGCAACAAAGGGGGAGAAGACCGGGUUGAGCCUCAAGAACCUCUUUGGCCCCAAGCUCACGCCGGAGGAGACCAACAAGGCGAAGGACCGGGCACCCACCAACAAGGACGGAAAGCUGUUGCGCUGGGGUUUCCUCACUCACCUGGGCUGCAACCAGACCAACUGCCAGCGGGCCCACGAGCAGCUGAGGGGCACCUUCGAGGCGUUGGAUCCUUCAGUGCAGAUGCAGCUUCUACGACGUGGAGGCCUCAAGAGGAUGCGACCGGAGACCAGGGACAGCGUGGUGGAGAAGAUCAAGGCCUUAAGGAACCAAGUCAGCCAGGACAGGACGAGUAAGGUUCAGGAUGGCAAGGAUCGACGACGAGCUGGCCAAGAGGGAGAGCGAGAAAACCAAGAGUCAAGCCCUGAGAAGGCAGGAGGUCAUCGAGUCCAUUGGGAGGCCCCGGAGGAGAUGCGGAACGUGGACCUCACCGCCCAGGAGCAGGAGUUCGCGGAGUUGGUCAAAGGGCCAGAUGAGAGCAUCUUUCAACAUGUGGAGCGCGAAGCACUACCACAUCCAGGCCGCGGGGGUGAAUCAGGACCAUGGGAGGCGCAGGAGCUCAUCCGGAAAGCUCAGCAGCUAGCGGAUGGGCCUGUCCUGGGAGCUCUGAAGGAAGCCUCGGAUGACCUCUAUGCAUGGGCGGCCACGAGGGUCGCAAAUGAUCCGGCUGUGGGGCUUCAGGAGCUUCUCGAGGAAAUGAACCAGUUUGGCCUUGGAGAACUAGCCGCGGAGGCGGCCGCCAUCUUGGACAAGCAGGAUGGGGGAGAGAAAGCAGGCCAUGCAGGACGGUGUCAGGUCGGUGAGUCAACGUGGGACUCCAGUGGUGUUGGCAGGGCUCUAGUCCAUGUGGACGGCACAGCGUGGUCUAUGUGGGACUUCGGUGAGAUGGUGGAGAUGACGGAGGAGCUGGCUGGGCUGCUGGGGGUCUUGGAGGCAGAACCGGAGAAAAGGCAGUGUGUUACCAAAGUGCUGGCGGCUGGAUCGCUGUGGUCACGGACCUCGAGGGUACCAUCCAUGGAGGAGGUCGAGAUCACAGCUAAACAGUUCCGUUUGGAGCAGGCCCGGUUGGCGACCGAUGCAGAAGGGGUCAUGGGACAUCCUGAAGCCAAGGUUGCCCCAGUGGAGCAUGAGCUGCGCAUGUACUCCCAUGACAUCCUAAAAGCCCACCACGACAAGGAUUAUAGGGCUCUGGCAGUUUUUCCCUUGAACGAUCUGGACCACCUCAGGUUGGUAGUGCUCAGAGUCGACUACAAAGGAGAUCUCCUGGUCGAGACGGUCACAGGAAGCCAAUGGACGGAGCAACAGCCAGACGUGUGGGCGUUGAUCUGUCGCGGACACAUGACGCGCUCGUUCCUCCGGAUCCCGCAGAGGCCAGGAAGCUGA